GAGCAAGUGUCCGUAGCUUUUGAGCAGUAGGGCAUUUCCAUGGUAACGCGUUUGUUUUGAGGUGCAAUUUCGUCAUUUCUCCAGUAGAUGUCAGUAAAACGUCACAGCGCGACGCUGCAAUGUUACCGAACGUCAGUCUAUAUAACCGGAGCGCAUUCCUGCACACCGCUCACACUGUCACAAACCACGGCCGCUGUCCUCCUAACCCACGCGUCUACUUUACCACGGCCAAAACUGAACAGCAGGGCCUGCGGAUCUCCAGCGAUCACCUCGGAUUUCAUUUCAAACAAUCUGAACAAACGAACCCGAUCAAAAUCAGUCCGAUUGGAUCGCUCAGCAGCGAUGUCGGAGUUUCUGGUGGAUCUGCUCGGAGAGCGCCUCGUCAACCGGGAGAAAGCCGAGCUGGAUGUUCACGCGCUGGGCAGUAAGCUGUCGCUGCUCGGGCUCUACUUCGGCUGCAGUUUGAACGGUCCCUGCAAGCAGUUCAACGCCAGUCUCUGCGAGUUUUACAGCAAGUUUAAGAAAUCUUCAGAGCACAAGGACAAAUUGGAGCUCGUCUUCAUCUCGUCGGAUCAGGACCAGAAACAGUGGCAGGACUUCUUGCAGGAAAUGACAUGGCCGGCGUUGCCUUUUAAAGAUAGACACAAAAAGAUGAAACUCUGGAACAAGUACAAGGUGACCAGUAUUCCCUCUUUGGUCUUCAUCGACGCAGCCACGGGGAAGGUGGUAUGUCGGAACGGUCUGCUGGUGGUGCGGGAUGAUCCGAAAGGUCUGGAGUUCCCCUGGGGGCCGAAGCCCUUUGCUGAGGUGGUGGCCGGGCCCUUGCUCAGGAACAACCGACAGACAACAGACAGCAGUGCCCUGGAGGGAUCCUAUGUGGCAGUUUACUUCUCCGCCCAUUGGUGUCCCCCGUGUCGUAGUCUAACCCGAGUGUUGGUGGAAUCAUACCGGAAAGUGAAAGAAUCGGGACAGAAAUUUGAGAUUGUGUUCAUCAGUGCUGAUAGGUCGGAAGAGUCGUUUACACAGUAUUUCAGCGAGAUGCCAUGGUUGGCGGUUCCGUACACAGACGAGGCCAGAAGGUCACGGCUCAACAGACUCUAUGGAAUCCAAGGUAUCCCCACACUGAUCCUGUUGGACACAGAGGGUCACAUGAUCACACGACAGGGACGGGUGGAGGUUCUCAACGACCCUGAGUGCCGGCUCUUUCCGUGGCACCCGCGACCCGUACUGGAGCUCAGCGAAUCCAACGCCGUGCAGCUUCACGAAGGGCCCUGUCUGGUGCUGUUUGUGGACGCAGAGGAGGAGGGCGAGCUUGAGCCAGCCAAAGAGCUCAUCCAGCCAAUCGCAGAGAAGAUUAUGGCCAAAUACAAGGCCAAAGAAGAAGAGACGCCACUGCUGUUUUUCGUGGCUGGGGAGGAUGAUAUGACCGAUUCACUACGGGACUACACCAACCUACCUGAGGCUGCGCCGCUUCUCACCAUCCUGGACAUGUCGGCUCGGGCCAAAUACGUUAAGGAUGUGGAGGAGAUCACACCGGCUGUGGUAGAACAGUUUGUCAGUGACUUUCUGGCUGAGAAGCUCAAACCAGAGCCCAUUUGAAGUGGGGUGAAAUCCUGGACAGCACUAACCUCCCCCCACCCUGUGACCCGAACCUCCAUCUGACCCUUGACCUCCAGGCGUGCUCUAUUUCUCUCCCUGUCAGACUGUUCAAACAGAAACUCACUUUUUACUUAUUUUAAGAUGUGCCCCUCUAUCGUGUGGCCGCCUCCUCCUGUGGUGCCUUGCAUUUACUACAGCGCCGACGGAAUAAACGAUUUUUAAGUUGAUCGUCUUUUGUCGUUUAGAGAUUAGAUUGAACCCUAGAGCUGCAAGUGAACAACACUUUGUUUUUCUUCUUGCUUAUUCGCUUUUAUAAGUAUUUCCUUCUGGAUAUCAAGAGCGUAGAACAUUUAUAGCUUGGUUAGAUGUGUUUUUAUUUUUUCAAAGACAUUGAACAUUUUACGUGGCCAUGUGUUCUGUAUGGCUGUGAUUUUUUUUUCUUUGGGUGCUGAAACAUAUGCAUACAUGAACUGAGGAUACAUGCGUACAUUAGCUGAUGGUAAUAUCCGUGCAUAGAAGGCACUGUCUACUCUUUACGUAGCUAACGCUGUUUUUUAUGCUGUUGUUGAUACAUAAAAUGACUUAAGCCUAUUUGUUGUUAUUUGAUGUUGAAUGACUGAUCUGUUCCCAUCUCAAACAUGAAUGACAUUUAAGUGGAUUUUCUGUGAAGGUCCCCUGUAUUAAAGUGGUCUGAUAUAUUUGAAGGCACAAAAACAGCAUUGAAUUGUAAGCUUCCUUACUAAAUGUAGCCAAUUAAAGCACAGUCUCUAUCUGUCUUUGUUUUAAAUGACUUCAUGGCCAUUAAAAGUCACUGUCAAA